AUGGUUCCAUGGCGACAAUCGGCUUCAUUAAUGCUACAUGCGAAUAAACAGAUUCAUAUUAAUAAUGGCAAAAGUCUGUUUGAUUAUUCAACAUUAUUCUUGAAACGUUCACCAAAAAUGCGUUUUGCACCGAAUGCAUCAACUUUUCCAGGUGGUAAAUUGGAUCCUUGUGAUUUGUCAUUGGAAUGGCCUGAAUAUCUUUCAUCAUUGAGUAAUAUUGAUCGAUUUUCUAAGCAAAAAGCUGAUAUAUACAAAGAUAUCGAUCAUCCUUAUCCUGGCCUUGUCUUUCGUCUUUGUGCUAUUCGAGAAACAUUUGAAGAAACUGGUCUUUUACUUGCUAAAACACGUACAUCUUCAAACUCACAAUAUUCUACAAUAUUUAAUUUAUCAGACAAUAUUAUGCAUGAAUGGCGUGAUAAAAUACGUAAUGAUGCAUCACAAUUUAUAGCUAUGUGUAAAGAAAUACAAGUUGAACCAGAUGUUCAUUCAUUAUAUGAAUGGAAUCAAUUUUUAGCUGCUGCAAUUGCUAAAGUACGUUUCGAUACGAUAUUCUAUACUGCAAUAUUACCACAAAUAUAUUCAUGUUCCAUUGCUGCUGAUGAUGACGAAACUGUUUGUGCUGAUUGGUUAGAGCCAGAUAUUGUUCUUGAUGGAUAUCGUCAAGGUUCUAUUACUUUAUUACCACCACAAAUUAUUGAAAUAGCUCGUCUAGCUAAUUUUCGACAACUUUCAAAGCUACAUGAAUUUUUAAUUAAACGUGAAAACGAUCCAAAAUAUCGAACUGAACGAAUAUUAGCUGUAUGUUAUAAAAUACCAGAGGCAAUGCUAUUAGUUUUGCCAGGUGAUGAACAUUAUCCAUCAGAUGCAUCAUUUACAACGCCUGUUAUAACUUCAAAUCAAACAUUAAAAGAUUUUGAUAGUGAAAUGCAAAAUCGUUUAGUUAUGAUGUAUAAAGGUGAUAAUCGAAAAUGGCAAGUUCAUUAUAGAAAUAACAAUGAAAACAAAGAAAAUCAUUUAUAUGUUCAGCCAUUGGCAGAUGGUUGGGAAAAAUUAUAA